UUUUUGUUAACUUUAAGCCACCUGGUCUGUAGGAGCCGGGAGCCCCCGGGGCAUGCCGCCUGCACGGGACCUGGGAGUCUGAGCAAUUGCAGCCGCGAAAUCGUUUAUGGAGCUUGGGGCGGGGGCCGAGCCCGCGAUCUUGCCCCGUACCCGCCGCCUAGGCCAUGCUGCUCCAUCAGCGCGCGGAGCUGCGGCCGCCGGGCCUCCGGGACUAAGCCGGGAGCCGCGGGAGGAGGAGGCGCCGGCGGUGGAGCGGGACGGAGAGCCGCGGCGGCGGGCGGACCCAGUACUAUGGCUGUGUACUGCUAUGCCCUCAAUAGCCUGGUGAUCAUGAACAGCACCAACGAGCUCAAGAGUGGCAGCCCCCGGCCCAGCGGCAGCGAGACGCCUCAGCCCUCCGGGAGGGCCGCGCUGAGUCCCGGCAGCGUCUUCAGCCCUGGGAGAGGCACCUCCUUUCUCUUCCCCCCAGGAGAGUCGCUGUCGCUGGAGGAGCCCGGGAGUCCUGGGGGUUGGCGCAGCGGCCGGCGCAGGCUGAAUAGCAGCAGCGGCAGCGGGGGUGGCAGCAGCAGCAGCAACAGCAGCAGCAGCAACAGUGGCGUGGGCAGUCCCAGUUGGGCUGGCCGCCUGCGAGGGGACGCACAGCAGGUGGUGGCGGCUCGCACCCUCUCCCCACCUGGGCCAGAGGAGGCCCAGAGGAAGCUGCGGAUUCUGCAGCGCGAGUUGCAAAAUGUGCAGGUGAACCAGAAAGUGGGCAUGUUCGAGGCGCAAAUCCAGGCACAGAGCUCUGCCAUUCAAGCGCCCCGAAGCCCACGUUUGGGCAGGGCUCGUUCGCCCUCCCCGUGUCCCUUCCGAAGCAGCAGCCAGCCACCCGGAAGGGUCUUGGCUCCGUGCUCCCCAAGUGAGGAACGGAGAACAAAGUCCUGGGGAGACCAAUGUACAGAGACCCCAGAUGCCAACUCCGAGAGGAGAAGCAGACUCAGCACACACCCCUUGAAGGACAAGGAGGGAGUGGCCCCUCUUUUAGGUCCAGCCAGCCCGACCAGGUCAGGGACUCAGAGUCCAUCGACUUCAGUGAGAAUGGAAAGAGGUACCCCGGCCAGUCCCCGCUGUGGCUCACCCACACCCAUGGAAAUUGACAAGAGGGUUUCUCCCUCACUGGAGCGCUUUGGAACUAGCUUAACGUUGGCUACUAAAGUAGCAGCUUCAGCCGCAUCUGCUGGACCACACCCUGGACAGGAUUCUGCCCUCAUGGAGACAGCCUGUGAGCUCAGGGGCAUGCGCCCCUGGGAGGCCCAGAUGGAGAGACGGGGGCAGUUUCUGGACAGGGAGACCAGCUCAGCCCUAGAGCCUGUCCGGACCCACAUUAGAGAACUCCCUGGAAGGGUGGGAAGAGGACUUCGUUCUGUUGGUGAGCAGGGCUCCUGGACACCUGAAGUCAUCAAAAGGCCGGAAGAGAGGACUGUGCCUGCCCAAAGCUCAGAGCCCUCGGACAACCCGGGAUGGGCUAGACUGCCUGGAGACCUGGGUUCCGUAGGACCUGAGAAGGGAGGAAGUAGGAUCCCAGGGAUCCAAGAACCCCAGCAGACCCUGGACAGUGUGAGAGAAGGGUCUCCAGCACUGGGCCUGCUUGGGGGCAGCCAGGCAGCACAGCCAGGGAGCAGGGAUGCGGAGUCAGGAAUUCAUUCUGGCAGAAUGCUGGGGCCUUUACCACCUGGGGAGGUAGCAACAAAUUUGAAAGAACCCCAGUGCCUCCCCGGGGACAGGAUGGGAAUGGCGCCUGAGAGUCCCAUAGUUUGGCCCAGUGCCCUGGAGGAAGCUCCCCUGAUCUGGACGUGUGACACGGGGGUACAGUUGAAGGGGACUUGGGGAAGCCAGCUGCAAGAUGCUUACCCUAGCUGCCAAGAGAUGCCCCCAGCCCAGAAGGACGAGGCCUCCUUAAAAGAGGCCUGCAGUCCCAGCAGCAUCCCCGCCAUUCCUGCAGUCAUCAUCACAGAUAUGGGAGCUCAGGAGGACGGAGGGUUAGAGGAGGGCCAAGGAAGCCCUCGGGGUCCCCUGCCUCUGAGGAAGCUGUCGUCCUCCUCAGCCUCCUCUACUGGCUUCUCCUCUUCCUACGAGGACUCGGAGGAGGACAUCUCCAGUGACCCUGAACGCACUCUGGACCCCAACUCAGCCUUUUUGCAUACCCUGGACCAGCAGAAGCCCAGAGUGAGCAAGUCAUGGCGGAAGAUAAAGAACAUGGUGCAGUGGUCCCCCUUUGUCAUGUCCUUCAAGAAGAAGUACCCCUGGAUCCAGCUGGCAGGACAUGCAGGGAGCUUCAAGGCAGCUGCAAAUGGCCGCAUCCUUAAGAAGCACUGUGAGUCUGAACAGCGCUGCCUGGACCGGUUAAUGGCGGACGUGCUGAGACCCUUCGUGCCAGCCUACCAUGGGGACGUGGUGAAGGAUGGGGAACGCUACAACCAGAUGGACGACCUGCUGGCUGACUUCGAUUCCCCCUGUGUGAUGGACUGCAAGAUGGGUGUCAGGACAUACCUGGAGGAAGAACUCACCAAGGCCAGGAAGAAGCCUAGCUUGCGGAAGGACAUGUACCAGAAGAUGGUCGAGGUGGACCCUGAGGCCCCCACUGAAGAGGAAAAAGCCCAGCGAGCUGUGACCAAGCCACGUUAUAUGCAGUGGAGGGAAACCAUCAGCUCCACAGCCACCCUAGGCUUCAGGAUCGAGGGCAUCAAGAAGGAAGAUGGCUCUGUGAAUCGUGACUUCAAGAAAACCAAGACAAGGGAGCAGGUCACCGAGGCCUUCAGAGAAUUCACUAAAGGAAACCAGAACAUCCUGAUCGCCUACCGGGACCGGCUGAAGGCCAUUCGAGAAACGCUGGAAGUCUCUCCCUUCUUCAAGUGCCACGAGGUCAUUGGCAGCUCUCUCCUCUUCAUCCAUGACAAGAAGGAGCAAGCCAAGGUGUGGAUGAUUGACUUUGGGAAAACCACGCCUCUUCCGGAAGGCCAGACCCUACAACAUGACGUCCCCUGGCAGGAGGGGAACCGGGAGGAUGGCUACCUCUCAGGGCUGAACAACCUCAUCGACAUCCUGACGGAAAUGUCCCAGGGCAGCCCACUCACCUGAGGCCACCGCCACCCACCGUGCAUAGCCACCUUGCCCGCCACCUCUGCCUGUCGCCUCUCUCCUCCCCUAAUUCUUCCUUUUCCUGCCCGAGUGCCUACCUAGAACGGAGCCUCCCAUCUGCACUACAGGACACUUUGGAGAAGAAAAGAGAUAUUUUUUUCUAGGUCUUUAUCCUGCCCACCCCCCUCCCGCUUCCUACACAGGGGCCUGAAGGUGGCGUUUCUAAUUCUCUCUAAAUAGAAUUACCUUCUUGAGAAUUAUGCAAAGCUAGGCCCCACAUCCUGUUACACUUAGAGCUGGCGCUGAUCUAGAAGGCCGUGGGAUCCCUGGCUGCCGAGGGUCUUGAGAGAUUGAGCCUCCAACUGGGAAGUCCCCCCCUACUCCCCAAAGUUCUGGCCCAGACUAGCUACUCCUGGGGGCCUUGCUGCCCCCUGGUGGCUGGUGCCAUCAGUAAACACAGUCCCAUUUGUGCCUCUCACCAUGGGCCGUGAGGCCAGGCUAGACCAGGGUCCUGAUUACUGGGAGUUGGGAAUCCAACCUCUGGGGAUCUGCAUGUAGCUUAUGAGCAAAGUCUCCACCAGUGAGAAGCCCCAGUUCCCAGGGACACUGAGUGGCUUCUCUAGAGACGCUAAAUCAGGGUCCCACCUUGCUGUUGUUUAAACCCUUGGGACCCAGGCCAGCCUAGGAAUAUUGAGAACAGCUCGAUUUCUAAAGAACUUCACCCAUCCAUCUGGGAGCAUGGCCGUGGAUUCAGAGGGGACAUUCUGCAAAGCUGAGCUUCAGGGGAUGACAUCACCACCUAGAGCUUCUGCUUACUGCCCUUGAUGGGCUUGCUAUGGAAAGGUCCAGAGCUGGGUAUGAUACUCAGGGCUGGCACCAACCUCCAGGGAUUUAUGAUCCGGCCACGCCCAGGGGAGCAAUCACUAGGCCUUACGGAAGAAUUCUGGCUUCCCUUGAAAUCACUCACUCUCCCGUCUUAAAGGACUUAGAUUGGUGUUUCUCCAUGUAAUUCAGUAGUUGCCAGGGUUCAGAGGGGUGCCCAGGGCCGCCCCAAGCCUUCUCCUUCCUGGAGUCCCGAGCUUCUUGAAAGGCUGUGGGGAGAUCAUUGUUAACCACCACUUCAGUUCUGAAGCAAGUAGCCUCUGAUUGAAAAGCGUGUACAAUUUGUAUGACUUUUAAAAGACAAAACUCCUAGCUCCGUGGAUGUUUGGAGCUAUCCUCCCCUCCUCUGGGCUUCUCACCUUCUCUUUUAUUGAGACUGGAUCGCUUGUACAGAGGCUCCUCUGGGUCCCACGGCCAGCAGGCACUGAUUAGGGACCGAGGGAAAUGGGGUAGACCAGUGUGUACACACCUGACAACACAGUUUUGGGCGGGGUGCUGUCUUGGCCGCCUACCCCAGCUCCCUGGGGUUUCUAGAAGAACUGUUGUCCCAAGUGGCAAAUGUGCUUCCCCUUCAGGCUGGGUGGGUGAGUGACAGUGGGUGGGGGCGGGAGGUGGGACCCACGAGGAUGUAUAAGUACAGAUUUCUUCCUGGCUCCCUAUUCAGAUGGGCUGUGAGCUUCUGUGUGGGCUGACUUGCUAAAAGGUCACACACACAUACCCAUCAUGGAGCCCAGACCUUGUGACAGCACAUGAUUGGAAAGACGGGGUGGCCUGGCAUGGGGGCAGGGCAAUAGCCAACCAGGCAGCCAGCUCUGGGGCUCUCCAGCUGUAGCUGCUAGAGGGCUUGAGGUGUGACCUCAUGGUCUGUGCGUCAGCCAUUUGCUGGGAAUUUCAAGAUUCUACAGCUAUGAUCUGGCCAAAAGUUCCCUCCCGCUGUCUCGGAGAAAUGUUUGCUGAAGCAAACCACAUUAUGAACAACAACAGCAACAACAGAAAGGACCAGUUUAAUGUAUGUAAAGGACAAAAUAUGACGAGUCCCUUAUGAAGGUGCCACCUGCCACAAUAACGCGCUAAGAUACUGUGACUGGGGGCCGGUUUGCUGGCGAGAGCCUCAGGACAGUGCUAGGCAGAGCUUUGGGCUGGGUGUGUCGUGAGUGGGAAAGUGGAGAGGCAUCUUUCUAGGGUUACUCUGUGGCCGAGGGCAUCUUCCUCGGUUGGGGUUUGUAUUUACCGUGCUAGUACCCACCCCAUCUCCCAAACCACUCUCACUUCUAUCCUGCCAGAGGCCCCUCCUUCCUGCUCUACUGGGAUGGACAGAGCUCAGAUGGAAUUGCCCAGAACCUCCAGCAGUCUGAUAAACCGAGUUCUGGGAGUCCCGGUGGGGACUCCCAAGGUCCCGGCCACACAGGUGCUGGGACAUGGGACAGGCUGCAUGUCCCCAUGGGCAGGGUCCAUGGGACCCUCCCGCUCUUGCUUUGCACACGCUAAAGAUUGCUUCAAUGGCUUCCCCAGACUAGACGUUUGCGUCCUUUAAGAAGUGUUUAAGUUAUAUUUAUUUUGUUUUUUUGUUUUAAUUGCACAAAACACUAAGAUGAAAGGCUGGGCUGUUCUUCCUAAGCUCUGCCCGCCUUCUGGGCCCUUCCUUCGUGGCUGGAGGAGCCCUGAGCAGGUAUGGCCUCAAGACAGAUGUUGUUCACCUUUGGCUGGCUGUAUUUAGCUUCGAGAUUGCCUGUAUUCUGACAACCCUCUGUGUAUAGGCCCCACCUCUUGAUCCAGGGCACAUGCCCAUCAGUGCCUUUUGGGAGGGGAGGACCCUCCCCACACUCCAGCAGGCUCUUCUCCUCCGAACUCCUCUCCCCUCAGGACUGUUACAUCCCCUGCCCCGUGGCCCCUCAGUCAACUGUAGAUGCUAUCUCCCUUCCCAAUAAAGGCUUUGGAGACCA